GCAGGCUGAGCCCAGGCGGGCUGCGGCGAGCGCCCAGGGAGCCGGCAGCUCCGAGCCCCCGCCGCCGCCGCGCCCUCCCGCCGCCGCGCCCCCGCCCGGCCCGCUCCCAACGGAAAGUUGGGCUGCGGCGGGCGGCGCUGGGCAGCAGCCAGCCGGCAUGAGCGGGGGCCCGGGGGGCGCCUAGCGCUCCGGGGGCGACGCCGCGCGGGGCAACUUCUCCCGGGAGCCCGCGCCGCCGGGCCCCGCGCCGGCAGCCCCCGAGCGGGCUCGCGGUGGUUCCUCCCGUCCCUUGGCCUCCCCCCGCCGCCUUGAGACGCGGACCUUGGCCCCGGCGGCUCCGCGGCGGUGACACGAGCCCGCGCCUCAGCCCCCGCCGCCGGCCGCAGCCGCCGCCGCCGCCGCCUUCCCCGCACCAUGGAGUUCUCGGAGAGGAAAAGAAGCAGGAAAUCCCAGAGCUUCAAACUGGUGAGCCGAGAUUAUCACCACGAGGCAUAUAAGAUGUCAGAAUUCAGCAACGAUGUUAAUGGGGAGGCGAAAGAGACACAACCCAUUUUUUUAGGAGAUGAAAGCAUGGAAAUUAAAAAACAAAUUACAGGAAUGAGAAGAUUACUGAAUGACAGCACUGGGAGGAUAUAUCAGCGUGUUGGCAAAGACGGAGAAAAAUUAAAGGAAGAGCCCCAUGAUCUGGAUUUGGUCUGGCCUCAGCGUUUGAACUCCUCUGCUGAAGGCCCACAGAGUGUCCACCCUUCUUCGCGUGGUGCAUGGAAUGAGCUACCACCCCAAAGUGGGCAGUUCUCAGGGCAGUAUGGCACUCGUUCUAGAACUUUCCAGAGUCAGCCCCACACCGCUGCGAGCUCCAAUGGAGAACUUCCAGUGGCGAAUUCUUCAGUUGGAUCAAACUGCUGUACUUGUAACUGCCAGUCGACGUUGCAGGCCAUUCUCCAAGAACUCAAGACCAUGAGGAAAUUAAUGCAAAUUCAAGCAGUUGGAACUCAGAACAGACAACAACCCCCAAUCUCCCUUAUAUGCUCCCAGCGAACUGCUGUGUCACGCAAGAGAAAUAAAAAGAAAAAAGUACCCCCAAAGACUGUUGAACCUCUUACUGUGAAGCAGAAGCCUAGCAUGGUAGAAGCUGAGAAGAAGACCGCCGUGGCCUCCGGGCAGUCUGGUGUCCAGGCAGCCCAGCACAGCUUCCCAGAGGAAAGCCACGUCCUGGGAUUUGGCAUCGUUCUCCAGUCACCUUCCUCUGAUCCAGAAGUGCAACUUGCUGAAGGCUUUGAUGUGUUUAUGCCUAAAUCUCAGCUGGACUCUAUAUUGUCAAACUACACUCGCUCAGGAAGCCUUCUGUUUAGAAAACUGGUGUGUGCAUUUUUUGAUGACAAGACUUUGGCUAACUCCUUACCUAAUGGGAAGAGGAAAAGAGGACUCAAUGACAACCGGAAAGGACUAGACCAAAAUAUUGUGGGUGCAAUAAAAGUCUUCACAGAAAAGUACUGUACUGCUCACCAUGUGGAUAAACUUCCUGGCCCAAGAGACUGGGUACAGAUUCUACAGGAUCAAAUUAAACUGGCCAGAAGAAGGUUAAAAAGAGGCUCAGCAGAGGUAGCUGACGGUGAUGAAAGACUGGAUGGCAUUUCUCUACCACCAACAGGUGAUACAUUUGACACCAAGAGAGAAAACACGGAGGACACAGGAGCAGGUUUCAUUCACAUGAAAGCCUAGGCUUUCCUUUUAGUGACAUGGUUCAUUAGCAUACGUCACUCUUCCGUUCGAAUUUCCUCAAAGAUCCACGUAGCAGUUCAGGUUCCUGCAAAGUGUGGGUGUUCUGUAAAGUUUACCUGUCAUGUUUUAAUAGUUUCAUAUACUUUCUUUGUAAUAUGUGAUAAUCAAGCCUCCAAUUUGGUAUAAGACUUUUAAAAAUUAUUUUUAGAGUUGAUUUGUUACCCUUUACAAGCCCAGCGUAUGAACCAGUCACUUCAUCGUCCGUUAUAAAGAAGCUGUUUUCUCUUCCCUGUUUUUAUUCAUAACCUCAAUGUGAAUGUAUAGAGUUUUGAAGCAUAUUUAUUUUUAUGUAAAUUGCUUAGCUGCAGUAUAAGGGAGAAUAGCUCUUCCCAGUACUGAGAGAGCAGUUGCAAAGGCCAAAAUUAAUUAACCUUCAUCAGCUUAGAAGAUGAAAAAGUAGUUUUGGGAGACAAGAUAGCUCUGACCUAUUAGAUAAAAUCAUUUAUGACAUCAGUACCCCCAAAAAUAACCAUUUGUAACCAAGUGCAAAUGACAUAUGAAUUCUUAGGAAAGAAAAACCACAUAAGUUGUGUCAGCACAGUGACAAAAUAGCUAAUUAAAAGUGAGAAGCUCAAACUAACCAGUUAUCUACCUGAUAUCUGACAACCAUUUUAACAGAAGGUUUUAACUGAGUGGUCCAGGAUUUUGGCACUGAGUGGCAACCAGCCACAGACGUACUUAAUGUGUUAUAGUUCGUUUGGUUCUUAGUACACUUGCUCUCUACUUUAUAUAAAACCAACAUAUGAAAAUCUGGAUUUUUUUUUUUUUUUUUUUUUUUUUUGCGGCUGACUGUUACAGGGAUCCGAACCGAUAACUUUGGUGUUAUAAGGCUGCGCUCUAACUAGCUGAGCUAACCGGCCAGCCCUGGAUUUAUUUUAAAGAGAUAUCUUGCCAUAUGGUUAUUUGUUUUACAGAAAUACUUACCUCCAGAUUUCUUUUUCUAAUAAGAUGAUAAAUGUAAAAUACUAUUUAGAAACAUUGCAUUUACAAGUCAUGUAUUGUAUAAAGCAAAUUGCCUUGAAUCUUUGGCCCUUGACCCAAAGGCCAAAAAUUGGCAUGAAAGAAAUGUGGUCUGUAGAUCCACCAAACCCCAGGGUUAAAAAACGGUAGUGCUGACAGUUUAACCUGUUUCCCUAGCACUUAGUUUAUCAAACCAUAGAAUUUUAGAGCUUCGAGUUAUUAUAGAGGCCACUGGUCCCACCCCUGGCUUUGCAGUUGAGGACACUGAGGAGGAGGGGGUGAAAGGGGUUGCCCGGUGCAGGCCAGUUAACCCCUCAGUGGCUGGACCAGGUGUGGAAGCUGAAUUUCCUUACUACCCUGGUACUUGUGUCAUAUCACACUGAGAAACUACAUCUAGAGAUAGAAGGGGCGCUCCGGAAUAAAUCAGUAUUCCCCUAAAGACCAGCUAAUCACCUGAAGGUGACAGAGGCAUCCCUGUAAUGUGACAAAAAACUGGUUUCAGAUGUGGCUUGUGGAAUCAGUCUAAAUACCAGACAGUUACAUCGCAUAUAUGUGUGUCUUUUGUCUUCUUUUUGAACCUGCAAGGAAGGUUCAGAGAAAUUAUUUCCAUCAUAUCUUUUAGUUAGCCUUUUCCAUGUCUGGCCAGUAAGUCCUCUCUCUCCUGAAACCAGACCCUUUGUUCUCUGAAGUGGUCUGACAAGGUACUGCAAACCAGGGCCUUUGUUUUUCUGCAGCAUAUGUUUUAAAUUUUGUCUUCUGCCUCCCAGAAGGAAAUAUUUCUCAAGGGAAUAGAAAAGAUUAAUUAGUGACCUUUCACUUUAUGAAAAUAUGAUGAAUAUGUUGCUGGUAAAGGUAGGAACAUUUACUUAGAAGUGUGGCUGUGUUAGAUAUGCAGCAUGAACCUUCAAAAGCACUUCCUUCCAAGACUGGGUGACAGCUUGGAGUUUUCAAUACUUGAGGGGGUGGGGAUUGUUCAGCUCACAAGUAUGUGCAAUGGAUUCACAAAUUGGAAAUACAUAUCAAAACUGCAACAGUAAAAUCAUAUUUUGUAAAUUAAAAUUUUAUUUGUGUUUAUUUACUGUGACUACUGUUCAGACUUUAUUCAGAAAUCCUUUUUAUAGGCUUUCUUAGCAAAAAAAUAUCCAUAUCUAUGGAUAAUGUCUCAGUCUUCUGUAUAUAUGUUUUAUUAAUAUGUAAAUAUUUAGAUUUUUAAAAAUUACUAUGUUCUUUAAAAAAAGAAUUCAACGCAAGGCUAGUUGUGAAAAUGGUGUAUAACAUCGUGUUGUGAUAUCAACUCCCAAGAUGCUCUUUAUGUUUGU